AGCCUGGUGGAGUACGGCCUGAGGGAGAUCUCGUACGAGGCCAAGAGCGGCACCUGCCACGAGCUGAAGGUCCUGGCGCGGCCCGAAGACCCGCUGCUCUUCCACUUCGAGGACGAGCAGGAGGCGCAGGCCUGGUGGGCGGCGGUCAGCAGCUCCCUGCGCGAAGUGCAGAAAGCUCCAGAAGGAACCAAUGGGCUCACCGGCCGGCCCUCUUCCCAGCCUUUGGCUGCCUCCCUUCCCCUGGAGACUGCAAAGAAAGCCAUCGAACUGGGAAACGAAGAGGAGGCCAUGCGGUGUGCUUCCUUGCUUGCGCAGCAGCACACCGCCCUGCGCAUCCAGCUGAAGGAGUCCUGCUACCCUGCCGGCCAGAUCAGCAUGAAGGUGCACGUGGAGGACGCCUCCUGUUCUGCCAGCAUCACAGCCCGGGUGCACACGCACACCACAAUCGCCGCCCUCAGGCACCAGGUCUUUCAGGAUUAUGGAUUCCACCCCACUGUCCAGCGUUGGAUUAUUGGGCAAUGCCUGUGUGUGGACAGCCGGACGGUUGGGUCCUACGGCAUCCGGAAGGAUGGCGAUACAGCCUUCCUCUACUUGCUCUCAGCGAAGGGAGCCAACCUCUCCGAGCAGCGGUACAAGGAGGACAAGGACUGGGUGGUGCUCCAGCCACCCCCCUCAGCAAUCCCCGGCAGCUCUGACAGCCGACACAAAGGCAGCGCCACUCCUUUGGCGAAGAAAGGUGGGAAAGAGCUCAACAGGAAGUCGGAUGUUGGGGAAAUCACUCGCUUCCUGGACUCUAUGCAUAUGAGUAAAACCCUUCCGUGUCGCACUCAAUCCCCCACCAUCCCAGCUGCUGCCCCCCCUUCUCCUGUGCAGGCUGGCUGGUCGUGUCCCACCUGCACGUUCAUCAACAAGCCCACCCGCCCCGGCUGCGAAAUGUGCAGCACUGACCGCCCUGCUGGCUACCUGGUCCCUGGGAGCUACCGGCCGGACGAUGUGGAACUCUGGCGGAUCCAGCAGGAGAAGGAGGGCAUCCUGCAGUACCAGAAGGCCCAGGAGCAGGAGCGGCUGCAGAAUUUCCAGCAGCUGUGCCAGCUGGAGGAAGAGGCCCUGGUGCCCAACCAGCAGGAGAUGGAGUGCCGGAUCUGCUACCUGAAGGUGGAGCCGGGCAAAGGGGUGCUGCUGAGGGAGUGUCUGCACAGCUUCUGCAGAGCCUGCCUGCGCCAGGUGGUCAACUGCAGCCAGGACCCCCAGGUGUCCUGUCCCUUUCGGGACGAUUUCUACGCCUGCACCUGCCACCUCCAAGACAGGGAGAUACGGGCACUGGUGUCCUUGGAGGAGUACGAGCGCUUCCUGGAGCGGCGGUUGGCGGUGGCUGAGAGCCGGGCGCAGAACAGCUACCACUGCCGGACGGCCGACUGCCUCGGGUGGUGUGUCUAUGAGGACGACGUGAAUGAGUUCCGCUGCCCCAUUUGCUGGGCUCUGAACUGCCUCGUCUGCAAGGCCAUUCACGAGGGCAUGAACUGCAAGCAGUACCAGGACCAGUUAAAGUCCCAGGCUCACAACGAUACUGCCGCCCGGGAGACUAACGACAUGCUGAAGACGCUGGUGCAGCUGGGGGAGGCCAUGCAUUGCCCCGCGUGCCGCAUCGUGGUGCAGAAGAAGGGCGGCUGUGACUGGAUCAGAUGCCCCGUCUGCAAGACAGAGAUCUGCUGGGUGACCAAGGGGCCACGCUGGGGGCCAGGGGGCCACGGUGACAUCAGCGGGGGCUGCCGGUGCAACGUGAAUGGAGAGAGAUGCCACCGGCUGUGCCAGAACUGUCACUGA